AGCUCUGAGCAGAGAUGGCACCAGUCUUCUGGGAUGUGGUGAGUCCAAGCCAGGCCAAGCUUCCCAGGCAUCCCAUCCCCAGAUUCAAUAUCAGAGACUCCUCCAAAUGAUACUUAUCCUGGGAAUCGGAGGGUCGCUGCAGGUUGGCUUCCAAGGAUCUAUGAUCACCUACACAUCUGUGCACAUCAAAGAGUUCAUCAAUGAAACCUGGCUGGAGAGGUUUGGACACUCAGUCCAUCCUGCAACACUCACCUUCUUGUGGUCUUCGAUGGUAUCCAUCUUUGGCUUGGGAGGUCUCCUGGGUGCCAUGAGCAGCGGAUGCCUGGCUGCCAGAUAUGGAAAGAAGAACUGCUUCUUGGGCAGCAACGUGCUCCUGCUGGCAAGCGCCUUCCUCUCAGGCUUCAGCAAGAUGGCCAGAUCUGUCGAGCUCAUUCUGAUGGGACGUUUCCUGUGUGGCGUCAGCACAGGUGUGUGUGUCCUUCUUCAUCCCCAGUACCUCGGGGAAGUUUCCCCCAGAAAACUCCGUGGGUUUACUAAUUCAACUGCUUCUGUGUUUUGGAGUCUGGGCAAAGUCCUUGGUCAAGUUAUGGGACAAAGGGAGCUUUUGGGAAGUGAGACCCUCUGGCCAUUGCUGCUGGCCUUCAGUGGAGUUACGGCCUUGGUUCCGCUGCUCUCUCUACCGUUCUUCCCCGAGUCUCCACCUCACUUGUUCUUGCAUAAAGGAGAUGAAGAAGGAUGUGUGAAAGCAAUGAAGGCGUUUUGGGGGGAAGGGGUCCAUCAGGCAGAGCUGGAUGACUUGCGGAAGGAGCGUGUGGCCCUGAAGAGCGCCCAGCACAAGAGUGUCCUUGAGCUGGUGAAGGAGCCGUCCCUGCGCUGGCAGCUGUACAUGUUGCUUGUCCUCGUGGUGACCACCCAGCUGAGCGGCAUCCAGGCAAUCUACUCCUACACCUUUGAAGUGCUCCAGACAGCCGGGUUCCACCUCAACCUCAUCCCUUACUUGGCCCUGGGAGUGAGCCUCUGCGAACUUCUCUCCACAGUCCUUUGUAGCUUCAUCAUUGAACGGUCCGGAAGGAAGGUGCUGCUCUGGGCAGGCUAUGCUUUGAUGGGCACCAUGCUGGCUGUUAUCACCUUGGCUCUCUCCCUGCAGCCCUGGUUCUCCUGGAUGCCCUACUGUAGCCUGUCUUUGAUCUUCUGUUUUGUGUUCGUCUUUGGAAUGGGCCCAGCCGGUGCCACAGCCUCUGUGAGGAUGGAGAUCUUUGACCAAUCGUCCAGAGCAUCUGCCUUUGUGAUCGGUGGUGUCCUGAGCUGGGCUGGAGUCUUUGUGAUCGGAAUGGUGUUUCCAUUGAUUGUGGAAAACUUCCGUCAUUUCAGCUUCCUCAUCUUCAUGGGGGCCCUUUACACUUCAGGCUUUCUUAUUUACUUCUUCCUGCCUGAGACAAAGAGAAAAUCCAUCCUAGAAAUCCAAGAAGAAUUUGAGAAACUUAAUUUUAAGAAGAAACAAAUUCCUGUCUUAGAAACCCAGCUGACCAAAGACCACGAAUUUUGUACUAAACUAUGACGCAGAGGCACCCCCAAACCUCGGAGAAGCCCUGCGCAACCCAGCCUGGGCUGCACUGCAGCUUUAUGGGGGAUGCCUUUAGAUGACGCUCCAGCAGCAGGUGUCACCAUUGCUUCUCCAUCCCUGAUACGUUACAGCAAAGCCUGAAAAGCAGGUCCAGUCACCAAAUCAUGGUUCUUUUGUGAUGACCAAAAAAAAGAAGAGACACUAAAUCCGUUCAGAAAUAAACAUCGUUGUAUUCUUGAAGGGAUAAUAUUGUACUUUUUGAUAAACCAUAUAGGG